GCCAAGGAUUUCAACGCUAUAAAAAGCACCGCAACCCACGCGCCGUCGCCAAGUGGUCGUCCUAGCACCUCUUCUCGUCCGUCGCUGGCAUAUACUCCGAGACGGGGCAAGCGCAGCCGCCGGUCGCACCAAAAUCGCCUUGCGAGGCCACCGGCUUUCCUAGCCGCAUAGCGCCGCCGCCGCGCACUUUCUAGGCGCAAAACGCCGCCGCCGCACCAGAAAAAUGGCCUACGACCAGUCCAUGUGGACGCGUAGGAUAAAGUACGGCUGGCUCCUCUGGGCCGCCGCCGGCACGACCUGCACCAUGACCGCUUACGGUUUUCAACCGGUCUUCGCGACGGCGUGCGGUUGCAUGUGGACGUUGUUGUGGAUCUGCUUCAACCUGUCGACGCGAAUGCUCAUCUGCAACUUUUUGAAUGGGUGCGUCGACGUCUUUUUCAGGCAGGUCGCCGUCGCCGGCGCCCACAAGCUGAAUUUCAGUGACGAGCCGCUAUUACUCGCCAUAGCGCCCCACGCGAACCAGUUUAUUGAUCCCAUGAUCAUCCUCAAGACCUUCGAGCGGCCUGUGGGGUUUCUUUGUGCGGCCAAGUCCAUGAGGUAUAAACGAGGUCCUAGCGACUUAAUCGCGUUCUUCGCGAACGGCAUCGACAGCGUGCCCGUGGAACGGCCCCAGGACAUCGCGACGGUCGGUAAAGGGAUCAUACGCGAAGUGUCCCGUGCGGACGAUAAGGUAGUAGUACAUGGGCAAGAUACUUCUUUCAUGCAAGCCUGUAAGAGAGGAGAUCAAUUCUUAGUGACCAAGGGCCCCUGCAAAGGUGCCGUCGCGAAGAUCCUGGAAGUUGUUAGUGAUUCUUUGGCUGUGGUCGCGGACAAUGCAUUCGCGGGUUCCGAUGCCAAUGAGGAAUCGACGUACGAAAACGUCUCAGAUGCGCCCUUCAAAGUACUGCCCAAAGUGGACCAGGACGUCGUGUAUCAGGCCAUCUACUCGCGGUUGGACUCGAAUGGCUGUGUCGGCAUUUUUCCGGAGGGCGGCAGCCACGAUAGGGCUUCAUUAUUACCAUUGAAGGCGGGCAUCGCCGUCAUGGCGCUAGGGGCCUGCAAGCAGCACGGCGAGGCCCUACGGAAACGGCUGAGAGUAGUAGCGGUCGGUUUAAAUUACUUCAGCGGCCACCGGUUCCGGUCUCGCGUGUUCGUCGAUUAUGGAGAGCCCUUCGAAGUCUCGAGGGAGCUCGUCGACCGGUACGCGUCCGGCGACAAGCGCGGCGCCGGCGACGAACUGAUGGCCCAGAUUUUAACUGCUGUAAAGGCGGUCACCGUGCAGGCUCCCGACUCAGCAACGGCGGAGACGUUCUGGAUGCUGCGGCGGUUGUAUGUUCCCGAUGGUAAAAGAUUGACGCUCGAGGAGAAGGUCGCUUUGACGAGAGGUUUUGCGGAUGCGGUAGAAAAAGACAGAAAUGAUCCAGACGUAUCUUCCGUUUUGAAGAAGGUCGAGGCCUACCACGGGCUCCUGAAACACUAUUCUUUACAUGAUAGGCAAGUAGCGAAGGCCGGGUCUGAUGUUUUGGAUAGUGUCGACGCGUUAGCUAUGUUAGCUUUUCGUAUGGGGUUGUUGCUAGUGUACGCGGUGGCUAUCUUACCGGGUACUAUUUUGGCUUCACCUUUGCUCGUUAUAUCAGAGGUCGUAUCUAGAUAUAAGGCAAAAGUAGCUGUGGCCGGAUCCCGAGUAAAACUGAAGGGGAGAGAUAUAUUAGCGACGUGGAAAGUGGUCUGUGGUAUGGUACUGAUACCAGCCUUACAUACCUUUUAUACGAUAUGCGUCUACUACUUGUACUCGUCGAAGGAGGCCGUGGCCUACUUCUUCUUCAUGCCUUUUGUGAGUUAUACGUCGAUCAUAGCUUCCGAAAACGCGUAUCAAGUGUUCCGGAGCAUCGGGCCGCUCUUCAUGCUGCUGACGAAAAGGCAAACGGGCGUGGAACUCCGGGAGAUGCGUCGUAUAUUAAAGAGGGACGUGCGAGAGCUGGCCCAAAAGCUAGGGUGGGCGGAGAUCAUCAAAAAGGCGGACUCGCACAACGCGGGGCUCGACGAGCUGCGCAGUCCGCUGCACGUGAGCGGGUUCCCGCGGUCGGACUAGGCGUUGAGGGGUAAGUAAUUCGAUGAAUAU